AUCGAAACGCGGUACUUAAGCGAGUAAGUACUUACUAGCUGCAGAGUCCUAGUCAUUCUUCAAAGCACAGGCUAUAGCUAGGCAGGCUGGGCCGAACUCAUAGCCCAGAGCCGAACUUCCUGAUGGCUGAAUCGUUACCUCCAGAACUAUGGUCGCACAUCUUUGAUCUAGCCGCAGACGAGGAUACAAUUUUCUAUCCCGGACUUCCAACAUCAAUGACCCAAUCCGCUUGGGCACGUUCUCUCCUUACGGAUUGGCAACUGAGAACGCCUCGUGAUACAAUUGACAUAGUCCAGCGCAGAAGCUACGCUACAAAGAAGUCAAUCAUAUCAACAUGCAAAUCAUGGCGUCGUCUCGGCCUCGAAUUCCUCGUCCGUAAUUUAUUCUUCAACGACCCCUCAAAACUCCGCUCUCUUACUGCCCUCCUCGCUUCUAAUCCUUCGCUGGGGUGGUGGACGCGUCGUUUGCAUAUAACUCACUUCCUAUACCAGCGUGGUCCCUCGCUCGACGUUUUCGAAGCAGCACUCACAUCCGUACUUGCCCAAACUCCCAACCUCGAGAUAUUCAUUGUCGACUGGCCUCUAUCAAGCGCAUUCGGUCCCAUCGCAGACACACUGGGCAUGCAUUGCAAGAACUUGCGCACCGCUCACUGGCACGUGCCCGCCGAACUCCUCUCAAAAGUCAUAUGGGCACUAGACGCCCUGCCGCUUCUAGUUUGUCUCGUUGUCGAAUUUGAUGCACCACUUAAAGAUCCCGACACGCUCACCCUAGGAAGCGCGCAAGAUGUCAAACUCUACCUUCCGAAUCUUCAGCAGCUCAUCCUGCGUGGGCACUCUGCCGAAUUCAUGGAGCAAGCCAGUGGCUGGAGUCUCCCUCUUCUACGCAGCUUCUCCUUUGACUUUGGCAGCAAACGUGAAGACGUCCCCGACAUCCUAUCCUUCCUCUGUACCCAUGGUACUAGCCUGCUCUUUCUUGACCUCAACUGUAUCCCAGCACUCGAUAUUCGCACAGUACUCGACCUAUGUCCUCUCCUCACCGCUUUCUCUUUUAAUCUCGACUGGAAAAUCGCACCCAUCACCCAGAACGACGAUAAUGCAGGAGACGGACCCAUCGUUCUCACCAAUCGUCCGCACGAGCACAUCGCGCACAUCGGGCUCCACGGGUUGCUCUUUGCGUUCGGCGUGGGCAUUGCUAGUGCUUAUGCCACCCCUGACCCGCUUCGCGCCCUCCUCGUGCAGCGUACCAAUGAUAGGAAUUUUGCGGCGCUCACGAAAGCGAGCUUCCCUAAACUUGAGCGGGUGCGCGUGUUGAACACGACGGUGCUCACGGACCUCGAGCGCACGAAUGGGCCUCAAGGGAGUGGGAUGGAGCGCUGGGAGAGGUGGGCAGGGAUGUGCGAAGGCAUGGGUAUCCGUCUGGAGGACUGUACAGGCGCACUAUUGGGCACGUUGCCUCACGAGUAUGAGGAAGAAGAAGACGAGGAAGACGAUGACGAAUAUUAUUAUACGGAUGAUGAUGAGCCAGCGAGACCUGGUGGAGUGGGUUUGUCAGAACUGAGGGCACUGCUGGAAGAAUGUAGGAAGAUGAGCGAAGAACGCGAGGACCCACCGUUUGCAUUGCCGUAUUGAUAUAUCAACGUUUUGUUCUUGCUUUGCUAACAUACUAUCUAUCUGUCACCAAUCCUAGAUCUCGUGUAGUAGCGGAUACAGGUGAUACCACCAUCAUGACUUAUUCCAAUUAG